UCGUUCGUCGUACACAAACAAGCCUAUGCCAAAAUUGCCUUUCAUGCUGCCAAAUAUCCACACAGACAGGUCAAUGGCUUACUCGUGGGCAAGGAGAAAUCAGGUUCGAUUGAAUUUACGGACGCAAUACCGUUGUUGCAUCACUGGACAAACUUGAGCCCGAGCAUGGAAAUCGGCUUGGAUCUUGCCAGCAACUAUGCUCAGUCGAACGGACUUGAAGUAGCCGGUUUCUAUCAGGUUUCUGAGCACAUAACGGAUACGACACUCACUGCAGUUGGUGAGAAAGUUGCCGACACGAUUAGGAAGGGCUUCCCCAACGCCGUUGCGUUCGUAGUUGAUGGCUCAAAGUUAGCUGCUGGAGAGCCUGCCCUUAUCGUAAGUUGGAAGUAUUCUACGUCUUGGAGGCCCGCAAACGACGGAGUACAGCCUUUCACAGACUCCUCCCGCUUUAAGCUAUCGACGCCGAACAUCACAUCGAGUAUUUUACGGCUCAUACGGGAAGACCGUAUACAUCAGAAGCUGGGCGAUUUUGACGAACACUUAGAGGAUGUGUCGAUUGACUGGCUACGAAACAGUGAAUGU